AUUGAUUCUGUUCUCAGCUUAUUUGAAAGGUGAGCAAGAAUGUAGUUGGAAAAUAUUUCAUGACUUAUUCAUAAAAUAGUUCUACUUGACCUUUUGUGCUGCUCAGUUUCUAAAGAAUUCUGCCUUCAUUUUUGUAGCAGAUUCCAUCAUUAUUGUCUCCUGAACUUAACAAAAAAAGAGUCUAUUAAUUACCACUUACGUUAGGUGUCUCAGGAUUUUGUCCAGGUUGAUGUGAUCUUGAUUGUCCUAUUAAAAAGGAUUUUACAUUGACAUCAACUUUACAAUGAAUGAAUUAGUGUUUGGUCUGUUUGAUUCUUGAAAUUCACUUAAAGAAAUUUAAACUGGCAGGUCUUCCAAAAAAGAACUUUUGAAAAUCCACUCGUUUUUUUCUUUGGAAACUAAUGUUUGUUCCCACCUCCUAGAGUACGUAAUUCAUAUUCAGAAUGCCAUUGAAGUUUUAUAAAUUUAUAAAACAGUGCUUACAUCACCUCCCUUUAUCUUUUAUGAACAAUUAUUUCCUCCUGGUGGUUGCAGCACUGAAGCCUUGCUUUGCAAAUCUCUAGGGAUGGAAUCCUCUCUUGAGUGGAAUGACUGGGCAAAAAGAACAAAGAUAAAAUAGAGGAACUGCAGUGCUAUCUAAAUGGUUUCUUUUUUAAUCAACUGACCUGUGUCAGAGCAGCAUGGUUUCUAGAAAGUGCACGCUUUAGUUUUGAUGUGGUUGAUGGUGGAAUCUAGCACGGAGAUGUACAGAAGCUGGAAUGCACUCUUUUAUCACAUAUGCAUGUAACUGCAUCUCUCAGAAGUGUUCUGUUCUUAAGCAGGGAAGAGCCAGCGUUCUCAUCUUCAUUAAGAUAAAAAGUGGUUUCAGAGGCCAGGCAACCUUAGAUCUAUUUGCAUGAACAUUAUUCCUAAGUUCUCUUACUGUGUUAGAGAGAAAAAUGUGUGUGAUUUCUUCAGCUGCUAAUAAUAUUACUAAUAAUUAUAGUUGCUUUUCUGUGGCAGUUCUUGUUUCUUGAUAUGAAAACAUUUUGAUCUGUUUAAAGCCUAUCAUAUUAACCUUAAUAGGAAAUGAGUAGUUUAUAUUUGAAAGAUAGUGCCUUCAAAAGGAAAAAAAAAAAGCUUUUUUAAACUUCUCAAACACAACUGUAAGAAGCUAAGAAGAGUCUUUUGGAAGCUAUUUAAGGAAUACAGGAAGUGUCCUGCUGUUCAGUGUUUUUCUAGAAAUGGGCUUUAAUCUUGAUCCCAUAAAAUAGUAAACAUGCACGGAGUUUAAAGCAAAGGAGGUCUCUAAACGGUAGAAUGCCUUGUGAACAACUGUCAAAUUAUAUUGAUGCUAAAAUCACUAUUAAUUACAUAUAGCUCUAAAGAGAUGUAAUUUCCCUUCUUAGUAAUUUAACAAGCUGUUUUGAUCUUGUUCCUCCAGUGGUAUGUCAGAACACGUUUUCUAGUGUUUGUACGUUAUGUAUCUUAGACUUUGUGCAAAUGUUCUGUGGCUUUCCAAUCUUGCAGUAGAGUACUUUGUUGUAAUGUUUGAUUUUCCAAUCUAUUUUAAAUUGCACAAAAGAAUUCCUAUGUAAAUGUGAUUAUGUUAUCAAGCAUUAAAAGGUAAGGAGUGCAAGAUAUGAGAUUAUCCUUGCAGUUUAAAUGCUUCUCCAUUCCAAAUUACAUGUCAUAGUAAUGUUCCUUUCUCAUCUGAAGUAUACUCAUAAUUCUUUAUCCCCAUCUGAUUUUGUCCUAGACACUUUCCAAAUCUCAUUUCUAACUAUCUUGUCGUUUUUCUGCUUGCCCUCUGUAUAUCCUAGCUUCUCUUUCAUGCUGUGUGAGCCCAACAGUUAAGAGCUAAGGAGAGUUUUCUUGUUUCCAACACUGAUAUUUGAAACUAAAACUGUACUUUUUGGAAAAAUCUGCCUCAGCCUGAAGCACGAGCAUGUUUAGUGGAACACAAUCAUUGGGAAAAGCUAGUUUCUUAAAGUAUCUCUUAAACAUAUGCCGAGAGCCUACAGCUUGGGCCAAGUUGGGGCAGCUUUUCAGUAAGACAGGAAAUUAUUGUGUCACAUGUCAAGGUCUUCCUCUAGUAAUGUAUUAUAUUUUUAUUAAAAAAUAGAAAUGCACACACCUGGGGAUGGCUGACAUUCAUUUUCUGUGAGUUUUUUUAAAUUAUCUGAGGCAAGUAGCUAGAAUGGAGUGUUCCUCUCAAACCAUUUAUAUUUGGCAAAGAGAAAUGACCGAACAUUGUUUCUUAUAUGGUGUAUGUGGUGUUGGACACUCCUGACUUGUGCACUUUAUUACCAGCUUCAUAUCUUACAGGUGUGCAGCAGAAGUAGCUUUGAACAUAAAGGCCAGAUUCUGUUUUCUAGAAUGCUGCCAUUCUGUUAAUUUAUGUAAGAUUAUGGGAAGUGUCAGUUGGCAUAGAACUUAACCUUCGGUAUGUAAAAAAAACUCCAGAAAGUUAUGGAAACUUCAUUUUUCUGAGCUUUUGGUUUUGGUACUGUCGUCUCUCUACCAUGAUGCUCAAGUUAAAGUAUCACAUCUGUUUACCACUUCAAACAGCUUUAUUUCUUUUUUAAAUUGUUGCCUUGUGUUUGGUGUGUAAUAUAUUGGAUUUUAAAACAUUUGUGAAGAUGGGAAAAUGGCAAAGACCAAGAAGCAAUAGCUUUCUUAAUGCAUUAACUGAAAGAUAAUGUUUUAUAUACUUUCUGGUGCUGGGAUUGAUUAAUUGAAACUGACUGAAGCACUUUUGCAGGUGGUGUUUUUUUGCAUGCUAAUCCUGCAGAGAAACAAAGUGUUCAACACACUAUGCUGGGUCAGCAAAAACAAGAAAGUUGUGCUGGAAAGACAGUAUCCACAGUGAUGCCUGAGUUCUCCAAUGUUGCAUGCUAUAUGUGUAGUGAGAGCAAACAGAAAGACAUACAAAAAGAAGGCAAAAAAGAUUGGAAUAAACUAAAUUUGAAUGACUUGUGAAGAAAAGAGAGCCAUGAAUGAGUGGCAGCCCAGUGGAAGGUGUCCAUUCUUCCAGAGGACUCUCCUCAGCAUGACUUUGUCAGAAGUUUGAUACAUCAUUGAUUUUUAUUGGUAUAUCAUUGGCCAGUCCUAUACAGUUUUAAGAUAAACACAAAUCCCCUGUGGACAUAAUACAAACUUUUCAGAAGAAAAGUCAGUUUAGGACCAUUGCUCCAAAAAUGGUGCCAAAAGUUUUAACAUCUGGAAUGGUUUCUUGUCUUCAGUCAUCUUUGCCUGAACAACGUACAGCGAUUUCAGCAGCAGGUUCUAAACCACUGGUGGUACCAGCUCAAAACUAUGCCAUCAUGCAGGUUGCUGGGCAUCAGGGUAGUUUUUCUCUUUUGGCCUUGCCAUACAUUACCCCUGCCGUGAUACAGCCAAGCCAGCCAACAAAUGUGGCCCAUUCUGAAAACCAAAAGUUGCCUAUCCCUCGCUACCAGUCUGUGAGAAACAAAUUGCUUUGUGACAAUAAAACAAGCCAAGCCUCUGUUUUGAAUACACAGAGCAAGGUAUCUACCAAAGGACAGAUCUCAUUGCAGACUUCCCCCGUGACUACCUUAGCUGAAGACUGUCCAAAAACUCAUUGUAGCUCAGAUUCAACUGAGCCAGUGAUGCUAACAGACCAUAAUUCAUCUGAAAUGAUGGUUUCUACAUUACAAAGAAAGAACACUUGUGUGGAAUCUGGAUCUCCUUCAGUGAACAAAACAAAAACUGCUAUCAGUAAUGUUUCUGGACCAUCUAUAGUUAAGGAGUCUUUAAGCAAGCCGGAAAAUUCAAGUAAUCCUGUGAAAUUCAGCCUUGACUCUGUGAAGACAGCAUCUGCAACCACGAAAGAGUCAGUCAUUAUGUCAGAGAAGCUAAAGGGAGCACCCACAAAUUCUGCAAAUUCUGUUUCUAUCCUGUCACCAGCAGUUUUUGGCAGUACAGUACAGAUGACUCCACCAGCACCAACGGGAAAACUUCCUAUUUUGCCUUACUCAAGAAUGAAAAAUUCAGCGUUUUGUAAAUCACAAAGUACUAACGCAAAGGAUACAUCCGGUAUUUCACCGAGACCUGAAUGUGAAAAGACACCAGCUUUGGUGAAAACCUUUCACGCCCCUGCUGAAGCAUCUGAUAAACAAUUGGCUGCAUCUUUGACUCAAGCCCCCAAACAAACCGUUCCGGAAAACACUUUCUCUCCAUCCAAUGAAGUGGAUGUUGACAGCCUUAAAAAGUUGAAUGGUGCACCCUCUAAAAGGAUAGGCAGGAAGAGAAGAGUCCAAGAUGAUUUAUUGCCUUUUCAGGCCAAGCGAAGGAAAUGCAUCGUUAAUAAAUUCAGAGAAGUAAGAGAGAGGGUGAAAGCUGAUCUUCAGCCACCUGAAGACAAAAAAGCAGAGGCAGUGAAAAAAUACCGUAAUAUUAGACCCAAACCAGUGGUAGUUGUGCAGGCAAUUGCACCGCUGCCUUCUACGGCACUGGUGGAGGAAAGGUCUCCUGACCUUUCAAACAAAGGUGUUUUUUUAAACAGUUCACUUGCCAGUAAAUAUUCAAGUUAUAAAUAUAACGAUACCACAUCAGCUACAUCAAUUGAUUUGGGUAGAAAUGUGUGCUCAGCUGUACCCAAGCCAUGGCAUAGGUGUCAUGUAUGUAACCAUAAGUUCCAGUUCAAACACCAUCUUCAGGACCAUAUGAAUGCACACACAAACAAACGACCCUACACGUGUCGAAUUUGCCGGAAGGCUUACAUUCAUUCUGGAAGCCUGAGCACGCAUAUGAAACUUCAUCACAACGAAGGCAAGCCCAAAAAGUUUGUGUGUUGUGAAUUCUGUGCUAAGAUUUUUGGCCAUGCAAAAGUAUACUUUGGUCACCUAAGGGAAGUGCACAGGGUUGUUAUUAGCACAGAGCCCUCUGGUAGUGAGCAACAGAUGCAAGAUGCGUUGAGGAACAGGGACACGAAUAUAAAAGAGGCAGAAGAAGCAACAGAAAGGGGAAGUAGAUGCGAUUUUGAAGAUCUAUUCCAUAAUCCAGGAGAAGUUAAAUUACAGAUCAGAUGUGGUCAGUGUCAGUUCAUUGCACAGUCUUUUGGUGAAAUGAAGUUUCACUUGUUAUGCUCUCAUGGAGAAGAGAUCCAGGGAAGAGUAAAGGAAGGAGCUCUGCAAGGAAAUAGAGGAACUAGGGGAGAACUUAUCAAACAUGCCGCUCACUUCUGGAAACAGCGCAGUGAAAGAAGACUCUUGGCAAAAUGCAGUGACAACGAGGAGGAGUUGUAUACUUUUCCAAAACUGAAAAGACAGAUAUACCUUCACCAUCAAAGUGAUGUUGAUACAUUAACUAAAAGUGAAAUGACUCAGUCAGGAAGCAGUGAAGCAGACAAGGGGAUGCAAAAUGUAGGUUGUGGGGCGCCAAGCAAAAAGAUUGAAUUCUGGUCUAAAGCUGGAUAUAACUGCAUUUUAUGCAAGCAGUUAUUUGGAAGAAAGGAGGAUCUUUGUAAUCAUUGGCAAAGUCAUCAUAACUGUGAAGACUCUUCUAUUUUAUGGACAAUUUUUAGUUUGUUCUCAAAACAGGGAAUUUUUGAACUUUCUAGCAUUGGUGAAUAUUGAGGCUCAGUUCUACAGUGCUGCGUUGAUGAACGUGUGAGGAAUUUGCAGCAGCAAAUACUCAAUGCUAAUGGUUAAAAUGAAUAAGAUGCUUAAGUUCCAUUACACUUAUACACAGAAAUAAAUCAGUUUAUAUGAAGUAAUCCCAAUCUUGAACAAAAUGGCAAACCAGAUUGAAAGUGUGAUUUCAGUCCCGACUGUGCUUCUAGAUUUCAUGCUAAAACUCUGUUACUGCAGUUCAGUAGAAAAUUUUGAAGAUACAUACACACAACCUGCAUUCCAGAGCAUAGUUAUCUUUAAAACCCCUUUACAUUUUGUUUUCUGAAUUUCAGUCUUUUUGGACACUAAGUUUCUUAGGUGUUACGUUCAGUCCUUGUAAUAGCAGGGAUUUUUGGACUUCAAUGUGAAAAAUCUACAGUUCUUUUUUUUUUUUUUUCCCAAGCCCUUUGAAAACAAGAGUUACUCACUACCUGUGGAGAUGGAAUUCUCAAAGCUUGACUGCUGUAUGAAAAUGAAAAAAAAAAGUUGAUUUUAAAAAUAGUAAUUUGAGCUUGUUACUGCAGGGAAAUCUGAUGUUCUGCAAUAGAUCACAUGCUUCACUGUGAACUUUAAGCACUUUCCAUGUUCCUCCAGUGGCAGCAGCGCUAUUGCUGAGAACACCUUUAGCAGCACUCUGCCUUUAACACUCUUGAUAUAUCUCUUCUAUUUUUGUGUAGUUGGCCCACACAUAGCUGCAAUGGGAAAUUGUUCCUCUGAGUCUAUGAUGCAGGUAAUAAGGUUUUUUUGCUUGUAUUUCCGCAUCUACUGUACAGAUGGAUCCAGAGGCCUUUCCCAGCCGUUCUUUGUGAGCUGAGAAGUCACUGUAUCACUGUUCAACAGAAAUCAGCAUAUCAGAAGGCAGACUGAAAAAUACACCAGUACUAUUUCUAAACUACUGCUCCAUUCAUUUCUUCUUGUGGUCAAACUGUAAUUGAGGGAUUGGAGUGAUGAAAGAAUCAUUCCUAAAAUGCCUUGCGUGGCCUCUCACUGUUUUGCAAAAAAAUUUUAUGAAGAGAUCUAAAAAAUGUUGGGGAUUUCAAGGGGAAUUCCAGAAGCUGUUGGAAUAUUUUGUGUAUGUUUUUUGUUUUUAAACAGUAAAGGCAGCUUUCUGA